AUGGCCGCCGCGACGACGUCCUCCUCGUCCCGGGAACAACGAGUCGCCUCGCACUCGCACAUCAAGGGCCUCGGACUCGAUGACGAAGGCUUUGCUCGUGAAGACAGGAAUGGCUUUGUUGGGCAAAGGGCCGCUCGAGAGGUCAGUCAUGCGCUGCCAGACGGGGUCAUUCCCUCGAGCGAGCUAGGCCACUCUUUCCUAGACCAGCAACGUCCUUUGCAGCACUCUGACCUGAUCCCAUGCAUCCCACGUCACAGGCAUGCGGUCUCGUCCUGACUCUGAUCCAGUCGCGUCGCUUCUCCGGUCGUGCCUUGCUCCUCGCCGGCGGACCCGGGACGGGCAAGACCGCCUUGGCGCUCGCGAUCGCUCAAGAGCUCGGUCCCAAAGUCCCCUUCUGCCCCAUGGUCGGAUCAGAGGUCUUUUCGUCCGAGGUCAAAAAGACCGAGGUAUUGAUGGAGAACUUUCGACGAGCGAUCGGUGCGUGAGGAUCGGGCAGAGCCGUCUGCUAAGCUCCAGGCUGGCCCUCCUAACCUGACUUGCACGGGCUGACGACCUCACCUCGCUCCGCGCCGUCUUUACACGCACAGGUCUCCGAGUCAAGGAGACGAAAGAGGUGUACGAGGGCGAAGUGACCGAGCUAACGCCCGCCGAAACGGAGAACCCUCUCUCGGGCUACGGCAAGACCAUCUCGCAUGUCAUCGUCUCGCUCAAGACCGUGAAGGGCACCAAGCAGCUUCGCCUCGACCCAUCGAUCUACGAAUCGAUCCAAAAAGAGCGCGUGCAGAUCGGCGACGUCAUUUACAUCGAAGCCAACACGGGUGCAGUCAAGCGCGUCGGUAGGUCGGAUGCGUAUUCGACCGAGUACGACCUCGAGGCCGAGGAAUACGUCCCUUUACCCAAGGGCGAUGUUCACAAGAAGAAGGAGAUCGUUCAGGAUGUGACUUUGCACGAUCUGGAUAUGGCCAAUGCUCGACCCCAGGGUGGGCAGGACAUUAUGAGCGUUAUGGGCCAAUUGGUCAAGGGGCGGAGAACCGAGGUGACCGACAAGCUCAGGGCCGAGAUCAACAAGGUCGUCAACUCGUACAUUGAACAGGGAAUCGCUGAGCUCAUUCCUGGUGUGCUCUUUAUCGAUGAGGUGAGCUUGAGGCCCGCUUUGGUUGCGAGCUUUGACGUCCUGAGAUCGCUUCAGUGCUGACCCAGUCUCUGCUGCUCGCCUCCAGGUGCACAUGCUCGACAUCGAGGCCUUCACCUACUUGAACCGAGCACUCGAGUCGACCAUCUCACCUCACGUCAUCCUCGCCACAAACCGAGGUCUCUGCACGAUCCGAGGUACCGACAACGAGCCCGGAUCAGGAUCAUCGGGCUCGGAAGGGAUUGUUUCCCCGCACGGAAUCCCCAUCGAUCUCUUGGAUCGUUGCAUGAUCGUUCGAACGCUUCCUUACACGCGAGACGAGAUCAAGACCGUCUUGUCGUUACGUCUCAAGAUCGAAGGUCUCAACGUCAAGGAGGACGCGUUGAACAAGCUCGCCGACGAUGGGGUCAAGACCUCGUUGAGGUACGCUCUGCAACUCUUGACCCCCGCGAGCAUCCUCGCCAAGUUGAAAGGGAGGGACGAGAUUGAGGUGGAUGAUGUUGGGGAGACGGACGAAUUGUUUUUGGAUGCCAAGAGCUCGGCGAGGUUGUUGGCUGCCAGGGCGGGAACGAUGAAUGGGGAUCAUUAUAUGAGGUAG